AUGAACACUCUGGGACGAUUUGAUGUGUUGGUUGGCCUACAUUCCCGCUCACGAUGUGCUGGGGCCGCUCCGUCAGGUGCCUUUGGUACGACACAGCCGAUAGGGGCGGCGGUGUUGAAGAAACAGACAUCUGGCACUUUUGGGCCGCCUGUGGAGGCGCUCCGCAACGAUCCAGCCAAGUUCCUGAAGAAGGGAACCAAAACGCAAACGGGCACGGGGACGUCGGGAGAUAAAAACUAUGACGGGGAUGCAAAAUCAAAGAAAGGUCCUGCUCCUGCCUUCACGUAUCCUGGCGAGAGGAAAGCGAUGGUGCCGCGGCGAGAUGAUUGUCCGGUGACCGGCAUCGCGAGCAAGGCCAACUUCGUCACCGCCAACGCGGUCGACACGAUCCUCGCGGUUCCCCGACGUGUGGAUCUGGAGCCCGUCAACUACCUGGAGAAGGAGGACUACGGGAAGGUUCCCAAAUACCUCCAACAGGUGAAGAGCGAGAUCACGCGCGAAAACGCCAUGAUCGACACGUUCGUCAGGGAACAGAUGGGUCUCGAGGUCGGAGAUGAUGAUGACCACCUGGAGGAGCUGCGAGAGCGAGAGCGCACGGAGCUCUUGCACGCCCUCAAGGCCAAGUGGGAUACCGUCAACAAGAAGUACCAGCUGAUGGCGCACAUGGUGAACCUGGACACUUUCGGGAAACUACGUCGCAAAGAGCAAAUGGAAAAGCAGCUCAAGGGUCUGGAGAAAGACAUUGAAAAAUUGGAAAAGACACCCGUCCUCAUCAGCCCAUGAGGGGAAAGGGGGGCUGCUGGACAGAGGAGUAACCGCUCGGGGGAUUGCCUGCUCUCAGACGUUCCUUAGAGCGCGGAGCACUCUCUUCCAGGCGAGAGGGGAGGGGGGGGGUAGGGCUCAUGGGAUCGCUACCUUCUUCGUGUCGAUGGACUUCCCGUGCAUCUCUUGAGCACACGGAACAAAUAAGGGGACGGGCCGGUCCCUCUCAAGUCUGCUGUUGGUUCGUUUCGUCUAUUUGUCUUCAAUAUCGUUGAUCCGAUGACCUAUGCUUCACCGAGGUGGUGAAAAAGUGUGCACCUUGUUGCUUCUUCUCGUUAUUGGACCCAAACGGCGUGGCUCUCAAUUGAGGAAUAUAGGGAGCGGACGCGGUGUACUAUUUGUUUUUCGAGGCGCAUCGAGGUGGAACCUUCUGCGUGCUUUUCGUUUUGAACAACGUGGGCGGCGAACCUCUCUCCCACACCCCAGGAGGACGAGGACGGGAAGGAGCAUUUCGUGUAACCUCUCUUGACCAUGCCAUUUUCGGCGAUUCAUCGUGUUGACUGCUGUUGGCGACGCGUUUUCUCCCGAAGGGUCGGGAGCAGAUGUGGCCUGAAGUACUCGACCGGUUGCCGUCCUUCUAAGUAUUCGGAUACAAAUAUUGCGCGAAACCGGCGGGAAUAGGGCAGGACAAUCGAGGGGGGAAGCGCGAGUGAGCUAG